AUGGCCAGGGGCCAAUUCAAGCGAUUGAAAAGGCACGCCGCGCGAGCCAUCAGCAGCCGGGGCGGUUCUCUUGAGGAGAAAAUACGCGCUGCAGAGGCGUAUGCGCGCGCGGAGACGGCAAGGAACGCGACGGCCACGGCCACGACCACGACAACAGCACAAACUAGCGACGCGCUACCGAGCUCUGCCGAUGCAGGGCCCGUCUUUCGAGAUCCGGCCUGGGAGGGGGCAGAGAGGUCCUACCUCGAACUCUCCGUCGAGAAGCUAAACUCGCUAGCGAGAUCGUACAACCUCAUGGCGCCGGAACUCGCCAAGAAACCCUACUUUUCUCUCACCAGGGAGCUGGAGUCCUGCUACGCCGAGCGGGAAGCCGGAAGCGCUACGAUCUACGAGAAGCGAGGCGACGGGUACGGCUUCAAGGAGAUGUGGAGGGACAUCUGGAGCAAGCGCAAAUCUUGA